AUGUUCAGAUGUGUGAAUGACAUCUUGCUCUUCCUGUGUUCUGAAAAAUUAUAUAUCUUGGGUGUAAGAAAGAGUGAAAUGACCAGUAGAACAUCUUUGCCCUUUGGAGGGAAUCUGGGUAUCUCUGAGGUUCAGAUUUUCUACCCUUUAUCCCAGACCUGCCAUUGGCACCCAGACCUAAAUAUACAGCUUAUAGGUUCAUGGGACAGAAAUCACAACCUUAAAUCUGCAAUCAGAAGUGUUGCUCUUAAUAUAUUCCAAAAAAGUAUCAAAAUGGCAUGGAGUUCUCUAUAUACUUCUAAAGAAGUAUGUAUACUUCUAUUGGUUCUACAUCAACUUUUCUUUCUUCUAACCUAUUCUAAUAACCAAGAAAGUAAUAUGGGAAGCAUAAUUUUCCAUGGAAGAAAAGGACUCUCUUGA